AUGUCAGACGCAGACGACGGAAAGCCCUCCUUUGAGACUGUUGACGCGCAAAUAACGGUCAAGGGCGGGCCGUUUGAGAUGGUGUCGAUGGACCUGGGCCAUGGCCCGGUGCGCGUGUGGAAGCAUGCACCCCUCAACUUCCGCAACUUUCUCGAGGGCCGCCUCCAGCACUGGGCGGACAGGGUCAUCAUCAACGAGCCCGUCCCCGAGCCAGCGGCGUACGAUGAUCGCCGGGACGUGACCUACGGCGAGCUCCUGGCCCACGCGUACAAGCUCGCCGCGUGGCUCCGCGAGCAGGGCGUCGGCGCUGGCGACCGCGUCGCUAUCGGCGGGCAGAACUCGAGCGGGUGGAUCACGUCGUUUGUCGCGGCCCACUUGAUCGCCGCGGUGCCAGUGUGUCUCAACUCGACACUUACCCAGGAGGUCCAGGUCCACUGUCUCAGCCUCACCCGCCCCAAGAUCAUCCUCGUCGACGGCGAGGACGCCAACGUGCUCGCCCCGGUCGCCGAGGAGCUGGCGCGCCGCGGCAUCGGGUCCAUCUGGUCCUGGAACAGCGGCAAGCACCUGUCUGAGAAGGCGCAGGUCUAUGUGAAGGACCUGAGCAGCAUCUCGCCCCUGCCUGCGACCGUCGAGGCCGUCAAGAGCAGGAAGGGCUUCAGCGUCACUCCCGAGAGCGACGCGCUCGUGCUCUUCACCUCGGGCACUACGUCGCUCCCCAAGGGCGUGCUCAUCACCCAGCGCCAGGGCAUGCAGCAUGUGCUGACGGCGUCGAUCCCUGCUCUCCGCACCGCGAUGCGCAUGGGCGUGCCGUUCGAGAUGGCUCUGCCCGCCGUCCACGAGCCGCCGGCCGAGGCACCAAACGUCCUCAUGCCCGUGCCCCUGUUCCAUGUGACUGGCCUGCUGGCUAUCAUGAUCCGCAUGUUCGUCACGGGCUCCAAGAUGAUCUUCAUGCGCCGAUGGAGCGUGCCCGACGCCGUCAAGCUCAUGAUCAAGUACAAUGUCCGCGUCAUCACUGGUGUGCCGAGCAUCACGACGGCCAUUCUGCAGUCGGGCUUGCUUCCCGACGACUACGAGAUGGACGGCAUGACGUACGGUGGCGCCGCGCCUCCCAAGCGCCUCGCUGCCGACGUCAGCGAGCGUUUCCCAGCGGCAUUUGUCUCGCACGGUUGGGGCAUGACCGAGUGCUCUGGCUUGUUCAUCGCCAUUGGGGGGCAAGAUUACAUCACCAGGCCCGAGGCUGUCGGCCACGCCAUUCCCAUUGGCGACCUGCGCAUUGUCGACAUGGCGACCCGCCAGCCCCUGCCCAACACCAAGCUCGGUAUCCUGCAGGUCCGCGGCGGCUGUAUCAUGAAGGAGUACCUGGACAAUCCGAAGGCGAACAAGGAGAGCUUCACCUCGGACGGCUGGUUCGACACCGGCGACGUGGCGUACAUCAACCAAGAGGGCAUCCUGUACCUCCGUGAUCGCGCCAAGGACAUGAUCAUCCGUGGCGGCGAGAACAUUGCCUCGGCCGAGGUCGAGAACGCCGUCGCGCAGGACUCGCGCAUUGCCGGUGUCGCGGCCGUGGCUGUGCCCGACCCGGUUCUCGGCGAGCGCGUCGGCCUGGGCGUGAGUCUCGCGCCGAACGCGACAGCCACCCCGGAGAGUAUCAUCGCCGAGGCGGACAAGCGUUUGCGUCGUCCUGCGCGCCCUGUCGUCUGCGUCAUCUUCAAGGACGGGCUUCCCACCAACGCCAAUGGCAAGGUCCUCAAGAACGAGGUCAAGGACAUUGUUGGCGAGCAGUGGAAGCGCCAGGGUGGCAAGCCGCUUGGCGACCCCAAGGCAAGGCUGUAG